AUGGUGGCGGCCGGACUCGAUACAUUGCCCGGAAACAUCAACAUGACGAUUGCGUACCUGUCGUCUCCUCACCGCCGGGAGAUCCAGCAGCACAUGUACAAGGAGAUUAUCGAGACCCAUGCAAACGAAGAUCCGUGGCACGGUUGUCUCCUUGAGGAGAAGUCCGCGUAUGUCGUCUCCUUCGUCAAGGAGGUACUCCGUUUCUGGUCGACGUUGAACCUGUCCUUCAAUCGCCAGAGCGUCAAGGAUAUCUACUAUAAAGCCGCGGUGAUUCCGGCCGGGACGCCAUUCCUGCUGAAUAUGUGGGCCGCCAACCACGACGAGACUAUCUUCAAAUCCCCGUUCGAAUUCAUUCCUGAUCGGUUCGUCGGAGUCCCCAAGGCAGGGCGAGAACACAACAUUUCGGCUACGGUGCUGGGACGCGCUCGUGCGCCGGUGUCCAUCUGGUGA